CACCACUAACAAUUUGUGGUGUCCCAAACUGCAUGGAAACGCGGGCGCAAAUCUCAAAAUGGACAACAGCAGCAGGCAAGCGCAACAGCACAGCAGCGGUGCUGUGGCUGUGCACGACGUGCGACACAUGGUGGGGCAGGCUGUGGAACGGGCUGCUGAGCAGCUGGCUUCAUUGUCAGUCGCAGCACCAGCCUCCACCACGUCUACCACAUCCACCACCAACAACAGCCACAGUCAUAUCACCAGCGCCGGUUAUCAAGGGUCGCCCCUCUCCUCGUCGUCUGCUCUGCCACAAUCCCACAGUCACUCUCCACACCGGCCACACCAGCCACGCCAAGUCCACCACCGGCACCGAUCCCAUCCGCACCACCACCAACAACAGCUUCCGCGGCAGUCGGCUCCCGCUGCUCUUUCGCCACUGGCACCAGCAAAGCAGCUGUUGGAAGGCCGGUCGCUUGCAGCACGCGCCCGCAGGAAACGGGAGCUGCACACGCCAAAGCGACAACAGCACAACUACUCCACCGCCCACCUCAUCUCUGGCGCAGACACACAUCAAGAGGACAUCAACAUGAAAGAGGCUCUCAUGGAUGCAGAGCGGCAGCAGCGAGAGCGUCAAGGGGAGAUGAAAAAGUACUUUGUGACGCACAACCUCUUUACCAAGUUUGAGGCAAUGGUAACGUGUAUUGCGGUUGACCGGCCCGAGAACCACAAGCAGCAGCUGCUGGCCAUGCUGCGAAGAUUGCGAGACUUUGACGGCGUCGUCACAUGGGAUAUGUUUGUACCGCCACACAAGCGACCCCCGCACCGGCCCUUACCAUAUUGGAUGACACGCGGCGACGAAGACGAUGACAGACCAACUCCGGAAAUGUACCAGAAGGCCUAUGCGUUCAACACAAAGAGGAUUUUGGGGCCAGUUGUCAAAUCUUGGGUUGAGUGGUACAAGAUGCGUCUUCGUCUCAAAGCAGAGCUGUAUCGCCGACUCGACAUGGCCCUCGAGCACUACCAUCGAUCGUUGUUGAAGCGAUACAUCAAGCCGUGGGUGCAGUUCAAGAACGACAUGCAGGAGAAGCGACGGCAAGUGAUUACGCGCAUGCGCGGGCGACGAAAAGACAAUCUUGUCCGUGUUGUCUUCAGCGCCUGGCGAGAAUACGCAGCACAGUCAAAGCUCGCAUCCCAAUACUUCAAGAACAUUUCGAAGACGCAGGAGCAACCUCGGGACACACUCGCGCAGGAAACGGACCACUUCUCCGCUCUUCCGUAUGACAUCAGAGUAAAGAUCUUGUCACACGUCGGCAUCCUUGACCGAAUGCGGUGCGCGAUGGUGUGCCGGACGUGGCGAGAAGUGGCGCAGGACGCGUCGCUGUGGGGCAGCGUGCUCUUCUCCGAACUCGGAGCCUCGUGCUCGGACGAGGCUGUGAGUCAGAUUGUCGAUAAGUACAAGACGUUCAUCUGCAAGGUGAACAUGCGCGGGUGCAGCAGCGUGACCAACGUUGGAUUCAGCCAGCUUGGCCAGUGCCACAACUUGCAGGACCUCAACCUCUCCGACUGUUGCAUUCUUCGCGAUGCGGCGAUCAAGGCGAUUGUUGAGGGCUGUCCGGCACUCAUCUACCUCAAUCUCGCCUGCUGUGGCAUCACAGACCUCUCCCUCAAGUACCUCUCCAAACACUGCGUCAACCUCUCGUAUCUCAGCCUGGCGUGUUGCGAAAACAUCACGGACGCAGGCUGCAUGUAUCUCACAGAAGGCAGCGGCUGCCAAAGCCUUUUCUGGCUGGAUCUGAGCUGCUGUCCACAGCUGGGCGAUGUUGGUCUUGCCAGUAUUGGCGCCAAGUGCACAAAUCUCUCCACUGUUCUUCUCAACGACCUCUCCCGCAUGACAGACGCAGGCCUCGGUGACCUUGUUCAAAGUUGCCCAUAUAUCACCCAGCUCAGCCUGCGCGCGUGCCCGCAAGUGACGGACGAAGGCCUGACGAUGAUUGGCAAACACUGCACGUGUCUGUCUCACAUUGAGCUCACAGCAAACGCCCGCGUCACCUCAGAGGGCAUCACGGGCCUCUGCUUACGCACUAAACUGUCACAUGUGGUGAUCAACGACUGCCCGCGCGUGCGUGACGGCGCCACUGUUGGCCUUGCACAGCAGCACCUCUCCUACCUCGACUUGUCCGAGUGCGCCGGGCUCACCGACAGCGCGCUGAAGACUAUUGCCCAAUCAGGCCCUGCGCGCUCCUCCCUUCAAGUCGUCAAGCUGUCCUCCCUGCCGCGCAUCACCGACACGGGCAUUCGCCACUUUGGCCGCGGUGUUGCAAACGCAUACCACCUGGACCUGAGCUACUGCACCAACGUGACGGACGGCAGCCUGGGCGUGCUCAUCACGCACACGGGCCGGCUCUCCGAGCUGAACCUGGCCGGGUGCGACAACGUUGGCGACGGCACGCUUCAGGCGCUGCAGGCAAGCGACAUCACCACACUCGAAUGGCUGGACCUGACCGAGUGCACUGCGCUGACGGACCAAGGGCUUGAGGCGCUGGCGUUCUCAAGCCCGCUGCUGCGGCACCUGUGCCUUGCCGGGUGCACGAGCAUCAGCGACGACGCGUUCAAGGAGCUGGCGUACGGCUGCCAGCGGCUGGAGUGGCUGUCGAUUGCCUACUGCGACCAACUCACGGACCGGUCGCUGCAGCUCAUUGGCACGGGGUGCAAGAAGCUGCGCACCCUGCACCUCUUUGGGCUGCCCAACAUCACCAAUUCUGCGUUUGAGCACGUGUUGUCCACGUGCAAGAGCCUGCGCACGGUGUCUGUGUCGAGCAGCUCGCAGAUCUCCCGCUCCGUGAUUGCGCGUGCGCGCGUGUCGUACCCGCACCUCCGCAUCCACUACGAUAUGGACGAGCCCAUGUUUGACUCGCAGAUGCCGCUGCGCACCUUCUACGCGCCAGAGAUUCUGGAGGAGUUUGAGUGACGUGACGUGCUGCCAUAUCGGGUGAUGUAAGAAACUGCCUGCUGUGCCGUGUCACUUGCGUGUGCGUGUGCCAUGUGUGUUUCGUUUUCUGUCGUCGUCCACCAGGUUUUGUUUCUUUUUUCCCCAGCUGCUGACAUUGUUAGAUCUGAUCUGCACCAUUUGACGCAAUGGCGUCAUGCUGCGAGCUGCUGCUCCUGCUGUUGUUGCUGCUGUUGUUGUUGCUGUUAGCCGCAGUACACAUUGCUUCUG